UUUUUUUUUUUUUGGUAAUGUUAUUGUAUUUUUUAUUUUCUUUUCUCGGGAGAAACCGUUCUUAUCUCGAAUUGGGAUUUCCUUUAUAUAUGGAUCUAUCUAUCUAUCUAUCUGGUCUUAUUUAUUAAAUGAUUGACCAUAGUAGCCAACUUGCUCUCCCUCAAAUGCAUGUCUGAGACUAGACUACGACGUAUCCCUCAGUUGGUCUAACUUUUAUAUUUAAUUGCUCUUCUUCUUUUCGCUGGAGUAAUUAGACAUGGUGACUCCUUACGUCUUUUUUAUUUCUCUACCCUAUACCUAUACUCAUUCAUAUACACACCACACUACACUUUACACCGAAUAAACAACAAAACCCACCCAAUUCAAUUCAACUCCAACCAAACCACAGAAAAGAAACCCACAACAUGCCUCCCAUCAAAAUUCUCCCCUCCAACGACAACAACACGACCACCACAUCAUCCCUAUCCAGCUUCACGACCUCAAUCUCUACAAAUUCACUCUCUUCCAAGCAGAACAACACCCAUAACCAACAACAACAACAACAACCAACACUCACCCGCCGUCCAACAUUAACCAAUCUGACGAGAUGGGUUUCGAGGAAGAUAUCUCGACAGAGACUGCCUAAUCAUACUGGUUCUAGUCGUGAUAGGGAUCUCAAUGAGGCGGAUCUAACUGAUGAGGAGGAGGGGAGAAGAAGGACGGAGGAUGAUUAUGCGGCUUGGUGUUGGGCUUUUAGUGAGGGGAGGACUACGGGUCCUUAUUCUCAUUCUCAGGGGAAUCCUACUAAUGCCUAUUCUCAUGGGUAUGAGGAUGAUGAUGGGUACGGGUCGUCUUAUCCUGAGCAUGGUCAUGGUCAUGACCAUGGCCAUGCACAAGACCAUGAACCAGGCUAUGAUGAGAAUCUAUUCUCAGACUUCGACGAACAAAGCCCGAGAAAGGAAACAUCCGAGCCCAGGGACCACAACCCGACGACAUGCGCAGAUCAUGGUGGGGAACAACAGGGCGGCAAGACCACGAACACGAGGGGGACGUACACGUUUCUCCAGAACCAAGAUGAUCGACUGGGGCGACACGAGAGCUCGGAAACUGUUCCGGCGGAUCAGCUGUUGCGAUUUACGCCGAUCGGUCACUAUGGGUAUAGUCCUUUGACGGCGGGGUCACCAGUGUCGCCGCCACCUCGCAUCCUGACGCCGGCCAGGUAUGCGGAGACGAAUCGGAUGGAGAGGGAGAAGAGUAAUGACCUGAAGCAGAAGCAGAAGGGCUUUUGGGGACCGGUUCGAGCGCUGUGGCUUUCUUUGCGCCGGUCGAGGUGAGAUUCUACUACUUACUCGAUGUAAUAUUCUGUCCAUUCCUUUUACUUUUUUUUUUCUUUUUUUUUUAAUUAUUUCGUUUCUCUCUCCCUAUAUCUUAUGUGUUACUACAAUAUGCGUGUCUCCUACAUUGCGAUUGAUACCCAUGGAGAGGAUGAAUGUCAGCGGGACUUUAAUCAAAUAAGUAAAAAAAUAUCAUACUGGUUCUUCCUUUUUGUCUCUCUCUCCCUCUCUCUCUCUCUUGACACGGUA